CCAGCUCCUCCCUUUCCUGCAGGACUCGGUGUGCUCUGCUUUUGUUCUGCAGAACAAGAGCUUUCUGCUGUUCCCAAAUAAAGCCGUUUUGCAGGAGGCUGGAGAGUCCCCUAUCUUCUCGGAGUGUAACAAUGAGCUUUGGGCCUCAAACUGAAAUAUCAGUCCUUCCUAAAUCUUGAGCCUGUUGGCCUCCAGCCUGGGAUUUACACCGUCCAGCUCUCCUGGGUCCCCAGCUCACUGCUCACCCUGCAGAUCUUGGGACUUGUCAGCCUUCAUAACCGAAGAGUUUUGUGCCUUUCCCAGGAGACCAGCAUACCUUGACUUUGCCAUUGUGAAGAAACAGAGCCCAGUUAUGGCCAUCUUGACUACUGGAAACGAGGAACUCCUUCACAUACAUGCUGUGGCAUGCUGCAGCCUCGAAGAAAUUACAGGGGAAUGUAAUCACAAGGAGAAGACGUAGCCUCGGUUCUACCGGCCUGCGCCCAGUGAUCCUCUAAGGCUAUUGUCACCAUGAUGUCAUUUCCCGGGCAUAAACUUUUGCACAGAUUCUGUUGCUGUUAACAUGCCCCUAGUUUUCUGACGUAAAAGCCAAUCCUAAAUUUAUAUGGAAAUGCAAGGGACAGAGACAGCCAAAACAAUCCGGAAAAGAAGAACAAAGCUGUGCGAUCCACACGUGCCACUUUCAAAACUUACUUCAAAACUACAGCAAUCGUAAACUGUGGUACUGGCAUAGGGGUAGACAUGUAGGUCAAUGUUUUUGAAUUUACAGUGAGAAAUAAACCCACAGAUUUAUGAAUAGUUGAUAUUCAACAAGGGGGCCCAGACCGUUCAAUGGAGGAAUGAGCAAUCUCUUCAACAAACGGUGCUGGGAAAACUGAAUGUUGACAGAAAAAAGAAUGAACGUGGGCUCCAGUUUCACACCACGUAUGAAAAUGAAUUCCAAAACGGAUCACAAACCCAAACGUAAGCGAUGAAACUAUGAAACUCUUGGAAUAAAACAUAGAUAUAAAUCCCCCUGGCUUUAACUACACAACAGUUCCUUACAUAUGGCAGCAAAAGCGCGGCCACAAAAGAAGGGGCGUGGUGGAAAGAGGAUAAGUUGUACACCAUCCAAACCAAAAACUUUUGUGCAUGAAAGGACUCUGUCUAGAAGGUGAAAGGACAAAACGCACAGGAUGGGAGAAGCAUUUGCAAAUCACACAUGGGAUAAGGGUGUAUUUUCCAGAAUGCAUAAAGAACACCUACAAGUCAACAAUGAAAGCACGAACGAACAACCCAGUUAAAAAACGGGAAAGGACUUGAACAGACGUUCCUCCAAAGUGGAUGUGCAAAUGGCCAAGAGGCACAUGAAAAGACGCUCAACAUCAUGCUCCAACAGGGCGAUGAAAAUCACAACCGCCAUGAGGCACCACUUGGCAGCCAGUAGGCUGGCUCUUCUAGGCACAAGAAAGCAAAACAAAGGCAAAAAGACGAGUUGGGGCGAGGGUGCGCAAGGACUGGGACUCACACACUGCUGCUGGGAAUGCAAAGCUGCUGUGGGAAUCCGCUGGGCGGCUCCUCAGUAAGUUACCGGCAGAAUUAGCACCCGAGCCCUCAAUCGCAGUCCCAGUGCAAUUUUCCUACCCUAGGGAAUCAGAAACAGGUGCUCAAACAGAACCCUGUGCAGGAAAUGUUCGGCGCAGCGCUGUUCACAUCUGCCGCAAGGUGGGAAUGGCGGAGCUGCCUGUCAACCCAUGAACUGGGAUAGGCCGCCACACACGGUGUGUCCCUGCGGUGGAAUAUUACUCAGCCGUGAAAAGGCUUGAAGCGCUGGCUCACGCUCCCACACGGACGAACGAACCCUAGUGACAACGCUGCGCUACGGGAAAGCAACCAGGCACAGAAAGCCGCCUAUUCGCCCAGCGAUCCCGCGUGCAGAAAGAAGAUAUAGAGUAGCGGCUUUGGAACCCUGCCGGUCGGAAACUUCGGGCCAACUGGCUUUUUACACCGCUUCCCGCCACAUCGCACCAUAUCCAGCCCUAUCCGACCGCAUCCAGCCACACCCGACCGCAUCCAGCCACAUCCGACCGCAUCCAGCCCUAUCCGACCGCAUCCAGCCGCACCCGACCGCAUCCAGCCGCACCCGACCGCUUCCCGCAGCGCACGCCAGACCGAGGCCCGUCCGAGAAAGCGCAGCCGAGGCCCAGCAUGCCUGUGAGGAGGAGCCGUCGAGGGUCGUCCAGUGGCCAGAGCCGGGUCCGCUCCCGCACUGCCCGAGCCGAGUUGACGUUCUCCGUGAGCCAUGUGGAGCGCCUCCUGCGGGAGGGCCGCUACUCGCAGCGCCUGGGCGCGUCCGCCCCGAUCUUCCUAGCGGCCGUCAUCCAGUCCCUGACGGCCAAGGUCCUGGAGCUGGCCGGCAUCGAGGCCCGGAACAGCGGCAGGAGGCUCAUCACCCCGGAUGUCGUGGACAUGGUGGUCCACAACCACCCGCUGCUCAGCGCCUUCUUCCAGUCCACCAUCAUCUCCCAGGCGGUCCCGGGCUGGAACUAGCUGUCCCACGCGACGUGGGGUCCGGCAGGCGCCAGGCCUACUCCUGGCCGGGGUGGGCCCCGGCCGGCCUGGUGCCUCAGGCAGUCACUGAAAGCCAAUAAAGUGUUUGGAGAAACC